GAAAUAGAUUACUGUUGGAAAUUAGCCGAAAUAUGCACUUUCCAAAAGAGACCUGGAUUUAUUCUCAAAUGGUUUAUGUGAAAAGCAGUAGGCUCCAAUGAAUAUUUUCAAGAGCUUUGAUUCAACUUGAUCAUGUCAUUGGAGCAGUAGGUCUAGUCGACACUAAAAUGGACCACAUGAUUCUGAUCAACAUGGUCAGGGAACAGGAGUAGCCAGAGCUCAGCUCCCGCCGUAAGACUCAGCCCUCCCCUGUGUGUGAGAGAGAAAGAGUGAGAAAGAGACAGCAAGCGAGCCCUGGGGAGCUCGUGCAUCAGAAGAGCAGCCACCAGGAGCGAACCAGGGGUCUCACCGACUGAAGCCCCAGUAGUACCGGAGAGAAACGAAUACGUCACCGAGGGAGUCAACUCUUCCAAGCAGGGUGAUGGUGGUUCCAUUUGAAGGACAGGGCUAUUCCUCCCUGCGUAAGAAGUGCCAGCAGCAUCGGGUCCUGUUUGAAGACUCUGUGUUUCCGGCUACGGACCAGUCUCUGUUCUACAAGACGAACAGCAUAGGAACCAUCACCUGGAAGAGACCUAAGGAGCUGUGUGAUAACCCCAAGUUGUUUGUGGAUGGUAUCAGUGCUCAUGACCUCCUCCAGGGCCAGCUGGGGAAUUGUUGGUUCGUAGCGGCCUGCUCCUCCCUGGCAUCCAGAGAAAGUCUGUGGCAAAAGGUGAUCCCGGACCAUAAGGACCAGGAAUGGGAUGAGGACAAGCCGGAGUCUUACGCCGGAAUUUUCCACUUCCGCUUCUGGCGCUUUGGAGAAUGGGUGGAUGUUGUCAUCGACGACCGGUUGCCCACUUCCAACGGCAACUUGGUGUAUUGUCACUCCAAUGACAGCAACGAGUUCUGGAGCGCUCUGGCAGAGAAGGCCUACGCCAAGAUGUAUGGGUGUUACGAGGCAUUGGACGGGGGAAACACAGCGGAUGCGUUGGUGGAUUUUACGGGUGGCGUCUCGGAGCCCUUGGACCUACUGGAGGAAGGGUUGAGUACGGACAAGGAGAAACGCUCAACGCUGUUCGACAGAGUCCUCAAGGUCCACAACAGAGGAGGCCUCAUCAGCGCCUCCAUACGGGCGGCCAGUUCAGCAGAGAUGGAGGCUCGUCUGGCCUGUGGUCUGGUGAAGGGUCAUGCCUACGCUGUGACAGACGUUAGAAAAGUCAGGCUGGGCCACGGCCUCAUGGCUUACUUCAAGUCCGACAAACUCACAAUGAUACGACUCCGAAACCCCUGGGGAGAGAAAGAGUGGAACGGUGCCUGGAGCGACAGCUCAGAGGAGUGGGGGAAGGUGAGUAAGAGUGAAAGAGAGAAGAUCGGAGUGAUUGUGCAGGACGAUGGAGAAUUUUGGAUGACAUUUGAUGACUUCUGUCAGUACUUCAGUGAUUUGAUCAUGUGUCGUCUGAUCAACACUUCCUACCUGUCUCUCCACAAGACCUGGGAGGAGGGCUCUCUAAAGGGCGCCUGGCGGAACCAUGACGACCCGCUCAGCAACCGCGCCGGGGGCUGCACCAAUAACAAACACACUUUCGUACAGAACCCACAGUAUGUGUUCAACGUCAAGAAGCCAGAGGAUGAGGUGCUGGUAUGUCUACAGCAGACAGACAAGAGAGCCAGACCUAAAGAGGGGAAGGGAGAAAACCUGGCUAUAGGCUUCGAGAUACACCGGGUGGAGUUGAACAGGCAGUACCGUAUGCACACUCGGCAGCAGAAGGUGUGUGGGAGUGUGUACAUCAACUCCAGGUGUGUGUUCCUACGCUGUUCGCUGAAGGAGGGUCGUUACGUUGUCAUACCCACAACCUUUGACCCCGCUCUGGAAGGAGACCUCUUGUUACGCAUCUUCACUGACGUCCCCGCCGACUGCAGAGAGUUAACCCUAGAUCAGCCAGCCCAGACGUGUUGGUCAGGACUGUGUGGCUUCCCUUCCCUGGUCACUCAGAUUCAUGUCCACAGAGCAGAUGGACUGGCUGGGCAAGACUCUGAUGGAGCGUCAGACCCAUAUGUGAUCAUUCGUUGUGAGGGGGAAAAGGUUUGUUCUCCGGUCUAUAAAAACACCCGCAGUCCAACCUUUGACACCAAGGCUCUAUUCUACAGGAAGAGAACUAACCAGCCUAUACUGAUAGAGGUGUAUAACCACAACGUGUUGAUGGAUUCCUUCCUGGGUCAGGUCAGUUUGACCUCUGACCCUGGCGACCCCCAGCAGGUUACCGUCCACCUGAGGGACAAGGGUAAUCACCAAGACAACGACCUUCCAGGCACGCUCACCGUCUCCAUGGUGACCAGCAACAUUCUCACUAACAUCUGACUAACCAUCAAUCAAUCACCAAUCUAUCAAUCAGUGCCUUACUCCCUCCGUCCAAUAUGAGAGAAGAGCGAAACAGGUGCCAGUAACAGAGUAUAUGAUUGGUCAAGAGGUCCCUUCUGUUUCCAUAUGUGCUGGAAUUGGCAGUAUACAUGAUUACACUGUUCAAUAUGAACAUCAUCACUAUAUGUACUGUAUAUACUAACUAUAUGUUUACAGUUUAUGUAUCUUUAAAGUUGUAUUGUUUUGCCAAAGAUUUGAUCAUUAAUAUCAAUUAAUUUGCCAUUAACCUUAUCUGUUGAGGGACCAAAGUUAGGAUUCCAGACUGUAUUGUGUUGGUUUUUACUGAGUGUAGUACUAGCCCUGACCACAUGGGGGCAACAGAGGACAUUUAAUCUCCUAGUUCUCCUUUCUCAUCUAAUAACCACUUUAACUUGUGCAUUACAGAUAUAUAAAUACUUGUUGAGUAUUUCAGCUGUAUAUGUUGUCCUGUUUACAUUUAUUGACAUGGUUUAGUUUUACAUUUCAGUCAGCUUUGUACUAGUCUCUUUCAAGUAGCUGAGUUGGUUCUGGGUGCUGAGAGUAGCUACGGACAUUUUUAUUCUUUAGGGGAGACAUUGUUCAAGUUAUUUUUGUUAAUAACUUUAUAAUUAAACUUUUUAAACAUUUCAAAAAGAUUUCUGUCGGUUGCUCUACUUUUAUAUCAUGUUGAUUUUCCAGUGGGAGGCCCAAUACAGUAGACAGACUAGAUUCACUGGAGGAGAAGAGAGAUUAAGCUACAGUUUCUAGCCAACACUGUCACUCUUACAUUCGACUCUUUACUCAAACACUCAACUCCUCCCUUCAUUCCCUUCUUUCUCAUUCCCAUUGUACUCCUAUCAUGUUGUAUUACCUCCAGUUAAUACAGUGCCAUCCAUGUAGAUCAUGUUCCAAAUCACAUCACAUUUAUCUAUAACAUUCUCGUCAUCAUGAGGACUUCCUAACACUGCCAUAAGUGUCAUAAACAGUCAUAAUGCCAGUCUCUGUCAUGGUGGUGGGUCCUUGUUAGAGAAGGACUGGUUCAUCUGAGCAGGCUUGUUUCUUAUCUUUAUAAGUAAAGGUUUAUGAUGUUUGAAUGUACCGCAGGGUGAUUUAAAGGCUAUUUAAUGAUUUAGUGUUAUACUUCUCUGUUUAUUUCUCUUUAAACCUGUUGGCUGGUUUCAAUCAAAUGUAUACUGUGAUAAAUAGUUAAAACAC